AUGCACCGUCGUCCUCAAAGUAGAGCUGUCAGUGACGGACAGUAUUCUUCAAAGUCAAGGACAGAUGACUGCGCAUUGAAUGGUGGUGACGAGGAUCAAUCAUCGAAAGUGCGAGCCAAACGAACACGCAAGAAAAGAAUAAAAAAUGAGGAAGACGAUCCAAUGGUGUAUAUUCUCAAGGGUUUGGCAGUGAUAAUCGUUAUUCUGAUCGUUGUCAUGUUGGGAAUUGUGGCCAAGCUCUUUCAUUUGAAAAUGUGGCCUUCUGUCAAAGAAUACUUUUUGAAUCCCGUCCAAGUUCCAACUCCUCCACAGCACAACAAGGAGCCACUAUUAGAAUCCUUGCUAUACAAUAUUCCACACAGUAUGUCUCACAUUGGCGACAAAUCGGACGAAUACGCACUAUUGCGAAAAGAUUUCGAUGCUCGACUAACGUACGACCCCGAACGAUCCGUUGCAUUUGUAAAAAACUUUCGAAAGCCCGACGUGGAGCCCUUUGAAAAUCCGCUAUCCUAUAAUGUUUACAACUGCCCAAAGAAACCUCCAGAAGGCUAUCCUUAUCAGUGGAAAACAUUCGAUGUAAUAACAGAUUGGAAGCCCAAUGACGUGAACCCUCCUUCUCAAAUACAUCAGGGGAUUUGCGUGUUCGACUAUCGAAAAGACUAUGUCAAGGCAUUGAACUAUCGAAAAGCUGAAGUCCCAUUUGUAGUCCGAGGCGAUCCCGAAGUGGCCCAAACCAUUGAACGAUGGCACACGGACGACUACAUAUCCAAGCUCCUAGGGGAUGCAAAACACCGUUGCGAGUAUUCAGAAACCAACCAGUUCAUGUACUGGAUCAAUCGCAAUAAAGACAAGCCUCCACCGGGAUGGAAAAAGCCCACCAAGAUGUUACGAAUAACUUUCGAUGAGUGGCUCAAGAACGCCAACAUUACUGAUGCAUCCAAACUGGCACCGGAUCAACCGCAUUACUACUUCCGUCUCAUUGGUUGCGGAGAAAUUGAUCCACACGGUGGCUGUGACGAUGCUUCAUCUGAAUUUCUCUUUGAUGAAUUGACUUUCUUCCAGCCACGUACCAGUUUGUACAUGGUGGAACCCGAGAAACAACGUGGAAUUCACUGUCGGUUUGGAAUGACUGGUGUGACUGCUGAAAACCAUUUCGACGGAUCACGAAACAUGAUUGUCGUCCUAGGAGGAAGGAGGCGAUAUGUCUUGACUCAUCCUCAAGACUGUGAAAACCUUUAUUUGUACCCCAAGGGCCAUCCAUCCGCGCGUCAUUCUCAAAUAGAUUGGAAUAACCCAGACCUAGACGAGUACCCUCUGUUCCAAACGGCACGGUCCAACGAAGUUAUAUUGCAAGCGGGAGACGUCCUCUAUCUACCCCAACAUUGGUUCCACUUCAUCGUUUCCUUGGACUUGAAUUUUCAAUGCAACACACGUAGCGGUAAAUUCCGAGGUUAUGAUGAACCAAUUCGAGAAUGUGGUUUCUAA